CCGAGGGGAGUUAGCCGGCCCGCAGCCGCCCAGCCAGUGCUGCGCUGCAGGCUGCGGACUGAGGCUGCACCAUGAAGCUGCCCGUCCUGCUCUGGGCCCUGCUGCUGCUCGCGACAGCCCCUGGCCCGGGCCCCCGGCCUGCAGCAGGUGCCCGGGGGAGCUGUUCCCACCGCUGUGGAGACCGGGAUGAGCUGUGCUCCUGCCACCCGACCUGCUUCGGCCUGAGCACCUGCUGCUCGGACUUCCGGGACUUCUGCCUAGAAGUCUCGCCCUAUUCGGGCUCCAUGAUGGGCGGCAAGGACUUCGUAGUGCAGCACCUCAACUGGUUCAACCCCACGGAUGGUGUGAUCUGCAGGUUUAAGGAGAGCAUCCAGACCCUCGGGCACGUGGACUCCUCUGGACAUGUGCACUGCGUGUCCCCCUUGCUGUAUGAGACGGGCCGCAUCCCCUUCACCCUCUCCAUGGACAAUGGUCGCUCCUUUCCCCGCUCUGGGACUUGGCUAGCUGUGCACCCCAACAAAGUGUCGAAGACGGAGAAGAGUGAGCUGGUGAAUGAGACCCGCUGGCAAUACUACGGCACCGCUGGCAUUACGGGUAACCUCUCCCUGACUUGGGAGCCCUCGGCUCUGUCCACACAGUUUGUCACCAUCGAGCUCUGGGGUUAUGAGGAGACAGGGAAGCCAUAUUCAGAUAAGUGGGCAGCAAAGUGGUCGUACCUGUACCCCCUGGCCACAAGCAUCCCCAACUCUGGCUUCUUCACCUUCACUCCAAAACCCGCUCCUCAGAACUACCAGAGAUGGGAAGUGGGUGCACUUCGGAUCGUCAACAGCAAAUACUACGCGGGGGAGAAGGACGUGCACGCAGUCUGGAGCAACGAGCACGCUCUGGCCUGGCACCUGGGUGAGGACUUCCAGGCGGACCCCGAGGCCUGGGCCCGGGCCCAGUGCCUGGCCUGGGAGGAGCUGGAGGACCAACUGCCCAACUUCCUGGAGGAGCUGCCUGACUGCCCCUGCACCCUGGCACAGGCCCGGGCUGACUCUGGCCGCUUCCACACGGACUAUGGCUGUGACAUCGAGCACGGCAGCGUGUGCACCUACCACCCUGGGGCCGUGCACUGUGUGCGCUCCGUGCAAGCCAGCCCCCGGUACGCCUCCGGUCAGCAGUGCUGCUACACGGAGGCCGGCACCCUGCUCCUGACGGCCGACUCAACCGGGGGCAGCACCCCGGACCGUGGCCACGACUGGGGUGCGCCCCCAUUCCGCACGCCGCCCCGCGUGCCUGGUCUCUCCCAUUGGCUCUACGAUGUUGUCAGCUUCUACCACUGCUGCCUCUGGGCGCCCGAGUGCUCGCGGUACAUGCGGCGGCGGCCCUCCAGUGACUGUCGCAGCUACCGGCCGUCGCGCCUAGCCUCCGCUUUCGGGGACCCACACUUUGUGACCUUCGAUGGUGCCAACUUCUCGUUCAACGGGCGUGGUGAAUACGUGCUGCUGGAGGCCACGCUGACCAACUUGAGGGUGCAGGGGCGGGCCCAGCCCCGGACAACUUCUGACGGCACGCAGGACCGAGGCACAGGGCUGACGGCCGUGGCUGUCCAGGAGGGCAAUUCUGACGUGCUGGAGGUCCGGCUAGCAGGUGGGGAGGGGGUCCUGCAGGUGCUGCUGAACCAGGAGGUGCUCAGCUUUACCGAGCAGAGCUGGAUGGACCUGAAGGGAAUGUUCCUGUCCGUAGCUGCCGAAGACAGUAUAUCCAUCAUGCUGUCCUCAGGGGCUGGCCUGGAGGUCAGCGUCCAGGGGCCAUUCCUGAGUGUGACUGUCCUCCUGCCUGAGAAGUUCCUUACCCACACGCAAGGCCUUCUCGGUACACUGAACAAUGACCCCACAGAUGACUUCACCCUGCGCAACGGGAAGGUCCUGCCCUCCAAGGCUGCUUCCCGUGAGCUGUUCCGCUUUGGGGCCGACUGGGCGGUGGAGAACGCCUCGUCCCUGCUCACCUAUGACUCCUGGUUCCUGGUCAACAACUUCCUGUAUCAGUCCAAGCACGACCACACCUUUCAGCCCCUGUUCCCCGAGGAGACCAUCCCCAACCCCAGUCUGGCCGCUGAGGCAGCUGAAGUGUGUGGGGACAACCAGUUCUGCACAUUUGACGUGAUGGCCACCGGGAGCCUGCGUGUAGGCAAUGCCACGCGGACGGCCCACCAGUGGCACCAGCAUCGCGUGCAGAGUCUGCAGCCCGUGACGUCCUGCGGCUGGCUGGCUCCGCCCCCCAAUGGGCGCAAGGAGGGUAUCGGGUACCUGUCGGGCUCCACCGUCUACUUCCACUGCAACAGCGGCUACAGCCUGUUUGGGGCAGAGGCCAGCACCUGCCAGGCUGAUGGCACCUGGUCCAGGCCCAGCCCCAUGUGCCAGCCAGGAACGAUCCAUACCAGAGGACUGGCUGGUGAAACAGCGCAGUGCCCCGGGAGCGGUGGUCACUGACACUUACCCUAACCUGCCGAGAGGGACCGGGCCCCUCACCCUGCUUGCUACAAGGAGCCCUCACGCUUUUUGCUCUUUGCCGGAUAAACAAAACAUGUGGUGAGGCCCACGUCUACUUGGCUAGGCUGAACAUUCCC